AUGUCCAACUCAACUCCCAACGUCGAGAAAGACUAUGUCAUAAAGGACAAGGAGCUUCUCGACGACAGGUACUACAAUCUCAAGCCGAACGAGAGCGCGUUCUUCAAGGCUCAAACUGGGAUCACCGACGACAAUGAGCUCAAGAAGCAAAUCAUUGCCGUGCAGAAGAAGGCGUAUGAGGUCUUCCCAUACUGGUGCAUUGUCCGGUUUGCUUUCACCCAGCUGAAGAUAUCGUCGCAGUCGCCUGCUGCAUAUGCGCAUGUUCUCAAGCUUGGCCGAGAACGUCCUGGAGCCAUUCUCAUCGAUGCAGGUUGCUGUUUUGGAAAUGACGCGCGGAAGCCCGUCUUGGACGGUUUCCCUGCAGAGAAUGUGGUGGCCUUUGAUCUGCAUCAAGAGUUCUGGGACCUCGGACACGAGCUCUUCAAGUCCAACCCUCAAACAUUCCCAGCCAAGUUCAUCGCUGGCGAUGUAUUCGACGAUGCCAUGCUCUCUUUACCAGACACCUCGACGCCGCCGCCCUCUUCGCGUCCGAAGGACUUGUCCUCGAUCACCUCCGUGAACCCUCUGCGUGGGCAUGUCUCCGCGAUCCACGCGUCCGCCUUCUUCCACCUCUUCUCGAAGGAGAAACAAGCCGACCUCGCCUCCCGCCUCGCAGGCCUGCUCUCUGCCGAGCCAGGCUCGAUCAUCUUCGGUGCGCACGCUGGUCUCCCUGAGGCGUCCUUCCAGACAUACGGUCCGCCCGGGCCUGAGCAAGUCCAGAUGUUCUGCCACUCGCGCGAGACAUGGAAGGAGCUGUGGGACGGUGUGGUGUUCCCGAAAGGCACGGUGGAGGUGAAGGCAGAGCUCGAGGAUGCGAGCACGUAUGUUCGUCCCGACUUGGCAAAUGAACAGCUUUGGGGGAAGAAGUCGUGGUGGCUUCUCAAGUGGUCUGUUAUGAGGUUGUAGGCGGCGUCUGCUUGAUAACGAUUUUUCGUUCCAC